CACCGACGAAUAACAACGUUAGUGACAUAUUUUGAAAAACACAAAUUGCAUCGUCUCUGGAAAACCUCGUAGCUUAAUUAUUUUAUCGGACCGGAUACCCUGCUAUCUCAUGUAUUCCAUUUGAUGGAUUCCUCCUUCUUUGCUGCCCGCACCCCUUUUUCUCCACCCUAACGUUACAAACCUGCAUACAUACACAUACAGAGAGAGAGAGAGAGUGAGAGAGAGAGAGAGAGAGAGAGAGAGAUCACAACAUCACUAUCAUAACAAGGCAGGAGCCGGGUUAGGGGAGGCUGACCGGGAGAGAGCAGGUGGGUGUGAGAGGCGCAGAUAGGGACGGACUGACUGCCUGUCAGCCGUGUUUCAUGAACACGGGGCCUGAUUGCACAUAAACCCGGCGGCGGCUGAAAUUUAGCACCGGUCUCACUGAAGGGGAAUCCAAGCGAAAGAUGGAGGGAAUGGCGUACGGAGCGGGGAAGGCUGGCGGAGCCUUCGAUCCGGUUACUUUCAUCCGACAGCCGCACACCAUUCUGCGGAUGGUGUCCUGGCUGUUCUCUAUCGUGAUCUUCGGCUGUAUCGCCAACGAGGGCUACUUGAACCGCCCUAGCGAGGUCGAGGAGUACUGCAUUUUCAACCGCAACCAGAAUGCCUGCAACUAUGGCGUAGCCAUGGGAACGCUGGCCUUCCUGUGCUGCAUGGCCUUCCUGGCUCUGGACGUCUACUUUCCCCAGAUCAGCAGCGUUAAAGACCGCAAGAAGGCCGUUCUGGCCGACAUUGGGGUGUCCGCAUUUUGGUCCUUCAUGUGGUUUGUGGGCUUCUGCUUCCUGGCGAACCAGUGGCAAGUGGCUAAGACGGAGGACAACCCUCUGAGCAAGGGUGGAGAUGCUGCUCGAGCCGCCAUCACCUUCUCCUUCUUCUCCAUCUUCACUUGGGCUGGUCAAGCAUUUCUGGCGUUCCAGAGAUACAAGCUGGGGGCGGACUCUGUCCUCUUCUCCCAGGACUAUACGGAUCCGAGCCAGGAUGCAGCCGGCGCCCCCUACAGUGCAUACUCCAACGGCGGCUCAUACCAGGAGCCCAACACCGAUGCUGUGUUUGACAGCUCUGUAGGGUACCAGCGUCAAGAUUACUAAUUUGGAGUUUGGACUGUUUUUUUUUUUUUUUUUUUUUUCUCGGGGGGAGGGCAGAACUGCUGAGAGGGAUGGUUGAUUAGCAGAGCGCAGCCUCAUGUCAGUGCUUGUAACUACUUCGUCUCGCCUUCUGAAGUCUCCAUGUUAACUGGCCAUGUGUGUAGCAUUCAGCAUUCAGCAUUCAGUAUCGGCAGAUCCAACUUAAGAGCUGAGCCAUUAUGGUGGUGCCUCAAGCAACUCAACGUGCACAUUCUAAAUCUGACCUAAGAGAUCAUAGAAGUUACUGCCAAAUGUCACAGAUUUGUGACACAUAUGCCAUUCUUAUGGACGGAAAGUGCCUGGGGGGAGAGGUAAAUGAUAGCGAGUAAACAAGUGAGAACUGAAUAUUUCAAGUGCUAUUAAAGGUCACAGAGGCCUUUAGGCCGUGGCAUGUUUUAAACAUAAAUUGAAGAUAGAGAGUACAUUAGCUGUCUGCUUCAACCAUACACCAAAACUGCAUUUUCUCAUUUACAUCAUGAUUUAUCCUUUAGUGGAGAAAUACUUUUCUGAUAUGCAUUGUGUUUUAUUUUUCUGUGCAACACCAGCCUACCAGUGCCAUGCUGGCAAGAAACACUAAUCCAAUUAACCCAGAUGAAUGUGUACCUGGUAAAGCCUGACCUGCUGUUCAUGCAAGCACAGCAAAACAGAACCCAAUACUACUGCCGAAAAUAGACAGGACGUUCCUCUAUGGUUCGUCGACUUAGUUUACUGCAAACUGGGGUCAGUGUUCCCUAAUUCAAAACACAUUAAAACGCUGAUAAAGCUAUAAGAUGAUGAUGAUUGUCUACCUUCCCAUGAAUGUUCUUGUGAUUUAUGAAUGUUUGGAGCCGGUUCUCUUCACUGUGGAGUACAAAGGUGGUUUGAAUGGCGAAAGGUUUGACUUCUAGUGUCUGAGCUCGGUCUUGUGCAGCAGGUGUAUCGUGCUUGUCGUACCUGUAUUGAUUUCACGGUGCUUUUUGGCUCUAAUGACAUGCCGUCCAUGCUGAAAAAAACAGCUUGACCUGGUUAAGCCGCUGGUUGACAGAGUCAUGAUAUUUCACCAGCCUAAGGUAUGUUUUCGCAUGAUGGUUUGAUGGUUGAUCUGGUCACACCAGCUUCUGAUGGUCAUUCUAACUGGUUUAGCUGGCUAUACCAACGUGAUAAACUUGAUAGUCUAGCCACACCAGCAUGACCAUCAAAGACCAUCUCAGACCAUCUCAAACUAGCUAAAACUACCUACCAGCAUUAGCUGGUUUGUUCAGCAGGGAUGUCGUCUUCUAGCAGGUCUGCCAUGUCUUUCCACUGCCGUUUGUCUUUUUUCUUUGCUUUCAUUGACAAGGCCCAGAGUCUUUUGGGUGCCAGUCAAAGCGAAAUGGAAUCUGAUCGUCUGAGUUCCUUCUUUUAACGCUGUCAUUCGCUACCGAUCUCCUCAUCAAGCAGGAUACUGAUUGGAAUGGCAUUGUAAUCAGGGAUUGUGAAAUAGGGAAGGCUGUUCUGGCUUUAGGCAUUUUGAAGAUCUUUAUUUUUAUUUUGCUCUUUUUAAAAUGUUGUUUAAAUGUACAAUUCCAGCCAGACGGAAGUAGGAGCAGGCAAAAGUUUUGACAACUUGUAGCAUAGGAAUAUUCUCACUGUAGAUAACAUUUCAGAUCAUUAUGAAUGCAUAUCAGGAUAUCUUUUGCAUCGAAAUCCAUCCAAAUUAUGAAAUAAAUGGAAUUAUUAAAUGUAAGCUAUAUAAUACAAAACUGAAAUUUGACCAUAAUGAAUAAUAGGUAAUACACUGCCGGCAAAAAAAGUCACCGUUUGAAUUUAAAUCUGCAGGUAUUUCAUGACUGAAUCAUUAUUACAGCUCAGCAACAUUAUGUAGCAAUAAGGUGAAGUCAGCUGAGUACUUGGAUCUCCUGAAUGGCCAGGUUAUCCCAUCAAUGGAUUUUUUCUUCCCUAAUGGCACGGGCAUAUUCCAGGACGAUGACGCCAAGAUUCAUUGGGCUCGAACUGUCAAAGAGUGGUUCGGGAGUAUGAGGAAUCAUUUUCACACAUGAAUUGGCCGCCAGAGUCUUUGAGAUGUGCUGAAGCAGAGUUUAAAGAGUGGUUCAUCUCACCUAUCAUCAAUAAAAGAGCUCAACAAGAAAUGAAUGCAAAACAAGAUUAAAAAAAAAAAAAAACCUGAUGUUGCGUAAGCAUGUGGAAACAAUGCAGUGACUAAAGGCGGUCCAACGAAAUAUUAAUGUGCACAACUUUUUUGGCGGUGUAUAAACAUCCUGUAAAGUAUGUACCCAAAUAUAUACUGUUUCAAAAGAAUAUGUUACUUAAUUAUUUAUACAUGGUAUUAUAAUAGUUAUGAAUACAGUAUGACAUGAUGUGUUAUUGUGUUCUUAGAAAUUAUUUCCUUGUUUUUGUAAAUGUUUAUUUUGGAAUAAUUAUAAAUAAAUAAACAGGAAAAUAAUGUGACCAAAAUAA